GUGGACUUACAGACGGCCUGCAACGCUGUCCACUCUCUCAGCAAGCAAGACAUGAGACUUCUGACCGUUUUCAGAGGACAUAGAAGAGUUUAAAAGAGAACUGCACGCCUCCUCCUGCGGUCAGGAGAGCAGAAGUUCUAGGUCCAAGAUGUCUGUGAGCAGCCACGAAAACCGAAAGUCCAGGUCAAGCUCUGGAUCCAUGAACAUCCACCUGUUCCACAAAACAUCCCACGCAGACAGCCUGCUAACACAACUCAACCUUCUCCGCAAGCGUCGUGUGUUUACAGAUGUUGUUUUGUGUGCUGGAAACAGGGCCUUUCCAUGCCACAGGGCCGUCCUGGCCUCCUGCAGCCGCUACUUUGAGGCCAUGUUUAACGGAGGCCUCAAAGAGAGCCGAGACGCUGAGGUUAACUUCCAUGACUCUUUGCACCCAGAGGUUCUUGAGCUUCUUCUGGACUAUGCUUACUCGGCCCGAAUCAUCAUAAAUGAGGAAAAUGCUGAGUCCCUGCUAGAGGCGGGCGACAUGCUGCAGUUCCAUGAUAUCCGGGAUGCUUCUGCAGAAUUCCUUGAGAAGAACCUGCACCCUUCAAACUGCCUUGGGAUGAUGCUGCUUUCGGAUGCUCAUCAAUGCCAGAGGUUGUAUGAGCUGUCCUGGCGCAUGUGCCUUGCUAAUUUUGCCACCCUCUACAGGACAGAGGACUUCCUAAGCUUGCCGAAAGACAAGGUCCAAGAUUUGAUCUUCAGUGAAGAACUGGAGGUGGAGGACGAGAGUGUAGUGUACGAAGCCGUCAUAGACUGGGUCAAAGCGGACAUGGACAGAAGACUCAGUGACUUGCCUGAGCUUCUCCGCUGUGUGCGAUUAGCCUUGCUCCCAGAGACUUACCUGCUCAAGAACGUGGUUUCUGAAGAAAUGGUGAUGGGAGACAAGGUCGGUCGAGAGAUUGUGGAAGAUGCCGUGAGGUGCAAGAUGAAAAUCCUUCAGAAUGAUGGCGUAGUCACAGGUUUCUGCGCCAGGCCUAGGAAGAUCAGUCAGGCUCUCUUACUUCUGGGAGGCCAGACCUUCAUGUGUGAUAAAAUCUACAUGAUUGAUCACAAGACGAAGGAGAUUACCCUCAAAACGGAUCUUCCGAGUCCUCGUAAAGAGUGCAGUGCCUGCGCUAUUGGCUGUAAAGUUUAUGUUACAGGAGGUAGAGGGUCAGAAAACGGAGCUUCCAAAGAUGUCUGGGUCUAUGAUACCUUGCAUGACGAGUGGUCCAAAGCUGCGCCAAUGCUUGUAGCCAGAUUUGGCCAUGGCUCAGCCGAAUUAGACCAUGUGUUGUACGUGGUGGGUGGCCACACAUCUCUCGCAGGGUCUUUUCCAGCCUCCCCGUCCGUGUCACUCAAACAGGUUGAACAGUACAAUCCACAGUCCAACAAAUGGACGUUAGUAGCCCCUCUUCGAGAUGGUGUCAGCAACGCUGCUGUCGUGGGAGCCAAGAACAAACUCUUCGCUUUUGGAGGCACUAGCGUGAACAGAGAUAAGUAUCCCAAAGUGCAGUGCUUUGACCCUUGUGAAAACAGAUGGACGGUACCAGCCUCCUGCCCUCAGCUCUGGCGCUAUACAGCCGCAGCUGUGGUUGGAAAUCAGGUUGUGGUCAUUGGAGGAGAUACCGAAUUCUCGGCUAGCUCUGCUUAUCGAUUCAACAGUGAGACCUACCAGUGGACUAAAUUUGGCGAUGUGACGGCCAAGAGGAUCAGCUGCCAUGCUGUGGCCUCUGGAAACCGGCUUUAUGUUGUAGGGGGUUACUUUGGGGCACAAAGGUGCAAAACCCUGGACUGCUACGACCCAUCUACAGACACUUGGGACAGCAUCACUAGCGUCCCAUACUCCCUCAUUCCCACUGCAUUCGUCAGCACAUGGAAAUAUCUGUCGUCCUGAAUGUGAGAAGAUGGUCUGUUUGAUGGCCAGUGUGUGUGGAAUGUGGAGUGUAUGGAAUGUGGGGGGGGGAGGGGGCGGUGGUCCUCCUCCGGCCAGCACACACAGACUGGAUCAACAUGGGCAAAGAAAGCGGAAGGUCAGCGAGAGGGAGAGACCAAAGACCAUCCACUCCACAUUCUUACUGCUGCUACUUUGAUCUGCGGAGAAUCCGAGGCUCUGUCACUGAACUGGACGGGGAAAUGCUGCAGUACAUCUUACAGGAAUUCCCCGGGGUUUGACAGUGAGUCCCUGUCUGACACAUCUGUGGCCUACGGUCGAUUACCAUGGACUGAAAAUUAAAAAAUAACAACAACAACAACAAAAAAACAGUUUUCCUAUGUUUACAAAAGAACAGAAAACGUAGCUCUUACAAUAGAAGUCAAUGGGCAGUUGCUGAAUUCCUCAGUCUGCUGUAGGUGAAUGAAGCUGUACAUCAGUAGAUUUUGUUUGUUCGGUGGUGAACUGGUUUUCCAAGAGGGAAGGAUUUGCGGCAAGUCGCUACCGGAGUAGUGGCGUAGGCGGAGUUUUCGCUCUGGAUCGCCAUGGAUACCAGAAAAAGAACCCUUUUGGUUGCUAUAUAGAACCCUUUUCGAAAAAAGGUUCUAUAUAGAACCAUCUACAGCAUGUUCUGUAGAGCACUUUCAUGAUGCAAAAAGAACCAUUAGAUCAUGCAAAAGGUUAUUUGGGUGUUCAUUGGGUCUAUAUAGAACCACUUUAUUUACUAAAGAACCCUUAGGGACCCAUCUUUUGAAGUGUAUAGUUGAAUAAUUAAAAUAAACCUGAAUAAUUUCAUGUUAAAUUGAUCUGUGACUAAGUGUUUUAAAGAUAAUUAUUAAAAUUUUCAUGUAUAUAAAUUAUAGUUUUUUGCUAUUUUAGCACUACAGCAGUGCAUUUUUACUUGUGCCACUGGCAAACAUUAGUUAAAAGUAAUACUAACUGUUUUUGUAAUUAAAAAAGCAAAAAUAUGAUAAAUAUUGGUCAUGAGAAACGUUGUGGUCACAGGAAUUUGGUUAAGGAAUUAAAAAAAAAUCUGUAAAAUUGCUCCAGCUGAUCUAAACGAUGAAUAUUGUUUGUGUGAUGACACUUUAAGAGACUGGCCCUAUACAGAUGUUGAGAUAAUGGGUUUUCUGUUCCUUUCUAAGCACAGGAGGUAAUUCCUGUCUGUGGUGAUUGAGACGGUGAUACAGAUGCAGCAGAUAGAGAUUAGAAUGAAAAAGGCUGAAGUGUCGCUUUAACGAGAGAAAAACAACCCGGCUGUUAAGAAGCGGAAGCUGAGGCCGAGACUGUGCUGUAAAAGAUUAAAAACUCAUCAGCUUUGUGAGUAAACGAGUGAUUUAUUAACUCUGCCGUGCCGUCACGCCCUGAAGUUAACAGAAGGACAGAUAUGGGAGUCUGGACCCGCUGAGCCCAGUGAGCGCUGUGAUAUAUCAGCACGAGGGCAUUUCUACAGAACUACAGCGGCGCAAAACGGAUCAUCACAGUGACGGACAGAAAAACUCCGUUUGUGCAUCACUUCGUUUAAUUUUGGACAUUUUUUAAAGGCCAAUUUGUCUUGUGUACAUUUUACAUGUUGUAUAGUCUGUUAAUGGGCUGUCAGCAGCCCUGACCUCUGUCUGCCUUUACAUUGGACUGUAUUUUUUUCAGAGCUCGGUCCGUCUGGUGUGAAUUUGUUAUUUUAUUAACAGAGUUGUUAUAUUAUUAGAGCGAUAUUAUAUUUAACAGUGUUUCUCUCUAAUGAGGUUCUGACUACUUGUGUCUUUGUCUUCAAAAGCUAAAAAUUUAGUUGGAUAAACUGGAUUCAUCUACUUUUUGUGUUAAAAUAGGUGUAGUAUCAGUUCUUCAUUGUAUAUUUUAUGUGUCAAGUUUGUAUAUUUUGAUGUAAUUUGAAUUUUUCUAAUUUGCAGUGUUAUUUUUAAUGUCUGUGGUUUUAGUCUUCUCAACUUCCUUCUCCAAACCAGCAUACAGUCAGUGUCGGGUUACAUCUACACCACCUCUUGGGGAUCAGCUUAAGGCCCAAUCCCAGUUCUUACUUUUAACUUUAAAAAGAGCAUCACUUCAUUAUCAGCUACUAGCGCCGCUCUGUAGGCGACCCUGACCGUCUGCAGGGACAGCAGAG